ACAACUGAAAAAGGAAGGAAGAUCUCGGAAGGACGCCAAGGAACUUGCCCCGAAACGCGCCGAAGAAACAUUUCAAGAUGGACCACAAUUGAAGUUUCUCGACGGCGUCCGAUGGCCUCCAAAAGGUCACGCAUGCCUUCCUAGUAAGCCCGUUUAUAGUCGAGUUGCAAUACAUGAUGACCGUUCAUCCAUCAGAUAUGGACAAGGAUAACGCGGAUUGCGGAGCGCUGAUCGAACGCACGGCUGGAACCUUGGAUGACGAAGCACUGAAACAAUUAUUCGUCUCGACACAGCAGACCAAUUUGGAGAUCUGCAUGAAAUAUGCAAUUGAGAGAACACUCCCAGAACAUCUUGACUCGGCAGAAAAAACGACAUCUGAGGGUCAUCAGAAGAUAAUAAGGACCUUGGGCAACUGGUUUCCGCAUAUUUCGGAAACGCUUCAGCACGAUCACCUUGUAGAGAUACAGUCCAAGGUACUCUCUGUGCCCUCUAACGAGUCAUCACCCUUGGAGAUCAUAGUUCAGCUCAUUUCUUCUGUUGUCAUUAUCUUCGAACACUCUUUCUACAUUUUCGACAAGCGGCGCUAUCUUCAGGACGAGCUGGAGUCCAAUCCCUCUUUUUAUGUCGCACUGGAGCAGUACAUGACAUCUCCCCAUGCAGCUGCUGUCAAGACAGGUGUGGACGCUACCGUCCACGCUUAUGAAAAGGCUGUAGCCACUACCGCGAAGGAGAAAGACUAUUUGUGCUGUCAGGCGAAGGCGGAGUUAACCAAGGCUGUCCUCGAAAUCACUUUAAAUCAUCGCCUGAGUACGUUUCAUGGUCAUGUUGUGGCAGCAAUCCCGCUGAUCCGCUUGUCUUCAGCAAGACCCUAAUGUUAGGCAAUGCAACACAAUGUAGAUGGCAUUCCGAA